AUGCAGAAGGUCCCUCGGCCGUCAAAGCUCAAGCCGUUGAAGGAGGUGCUCACAAAACUCACUGCACAGAUCAGAAAGCACAAUGUCUCACAAGCUCCAGUGUGGAAGAUAUUGAUCACUGGAGGAGUUGGCGGACGACAUCUGCCUGGUUACCACAAACGCGAAGACAUUCACCUGCCCGGCACGGUUUAUCUCACAGAAGCAGAGAAGAUAGAGGCCUAUGUGCUCGAGCACAUCGCAAAGGCGUCUGCCAUCAUGAUCGAGUAUGAGACGGACUGGAAUAUCCAGAUCGAAGGGGACCAUGACAUGCAGGACAAGGGCAUGCCGAUGGACAUUGAUGACAGGGCGUCCACUGCAUCUGUGCCCACUCCCGCCACUGCAUCGACCAGUGCACAUCCCCCCAGUGGGCCACUGCAGCAGCAGCCCUCCGAUUGCCCAGGCGCACCCUAUCCAUCCCCGGUGAACCUCCCUGCUUUGCCCAUCACACCAGUCCCUGUCCUCUCUGCACUGAAGAUCUCUGCCAGGCCCUGCAUGCAUGCGACCCAGCGACAUUGGACGAUCAUCCGUAAUGCACCUGUGCACAGCUGCGCGCAUGAGCAGAACAAUGAGGGUGAGUCCCCGCCCAGCCUGAAGCCUGUGGUGGCAGACUUCAGCAUAUACAUGAUGCUAAUGGGUGAGUUCACAAAGCAGAGGCAAGUCAAGGACAUAGGUAAGGAAUUCGACUCAGAGGAGAAGGUGUGCGAGGGAAUACGGGAGAGCAUCGAGGCGAGCACGGUGCAAGGCUAUGCAAAGGAUGUGCAGAUGGGUGGUGCAGAGGGUGCAGAAGAGGAGUAUCAGAGGGGCAAGGGUGCAGAGGUGGAGGAGUAUCUGCGGGAUGUUGUCUACGGAGGUGUAGAUGGACUUGCAUACGUGCGGAGUUUCCCAGAGUUCGUCAGACCGCAGGUGCUGAUGAACUGGCUCGUGCAGGAGGAAACAAGCAAAUCACUGAAUGCUGCUCUAGGUAUGCUGCUUGCUGCAUCCAUCGACACGCACAUCCUCGAGCCGCUCACCGAUGGAUGGCAUCAGCUCCUCUGUGAGGCUGCGCACCUCCUGGAUGAUGCUACCUUCCGCGUAUCACCUCAGAAACCCGUCUGCAAAAAGUCUCUGCCAGCACCAUCGAUCUCCAAGACAGUCCAUCGCAUUUCUCCCCCUCCUCACUUAUCGCGGACCAACACCGCCAAUUUGAAUGACCUCUUCCCUACCCAGCAUACCCUUGCCAGCCAUCGCCUCUCUGAUCCCAUCAGUCUCCCUCCAGACACCAUCUUCUACAUCGACGACCAGCAGCAGAUGCUGCAGCACAUCCAGUCACAGCCGCUGCUCAUGCAGGAGCCAAUGGAUAUGGGUGGUGUACAGGAGCAGCUCUCGUAUUCAUCUUCCACACUCAUUUCCAGCACACCCCAGAUCAGGGGCACGAUACAUAGCUGGAGUGGGACGACAUCAGACAAAUCGAAGCAGGGCAUGUUCAACUUCGUGUCCGAUUUUCUCAACAGCUCAAAGCGACCAGAGAUCAGCACACCGUAUGACCCAGUAUCCCUCACCCACAUUGGCUUCAACUCAUCCACAGCCGAGUUUAUGGGUCUGGCCAAGGAAUGGCAACAGCUCCUCCAGGAGAGCAGUAUCUCCAAGCUCAAGCAAGGGAAGAACUUCACCCUAGGUGGUCAUGGAGAUCGUCAAGUUUCACCAGAAGGACUGUGGUGA